AUGAAGGCCGUCGUGAUUCACGAGGCCGGUGGACCCGAAGUCCUCAAGGUCGAACAGCUUCCAAUCCCGACGCCCAAGCAGGACGAGAUUCUCAUCCACAUCAAAGCCUUUGGCCUCAAUCGCUCCGAGCUCUUCACUCGCCGCGGACACAGUCCCGGCGUCAAAUUCCCCCGCGUGUUGGGCAUAGAGGCCGCUGGCAUCGUGGAAAAGUGUCCCAGCGGCACCUUUAAGACUGGCCAAAAGGUUGCCACUGCCAUGGGAGGUAUGGGUCGAGACUUCGACGGCGGCUAUGCCCAGUAUACCAGCGUCAAGGUGGACAACACGCAGGCCUUGGACACCGACUUGGACUGGACCAUCGUCGGUGCUGUCCCAGAGAUGUUGCAGACGAGUUACGGGUGUCUAUUCAAAGCACUCAAAUUGAGGAGCGAGGACCGUCUGCUCAUUCGAGGGGGGACGACUUCUGUCGGGUUGGCGGCUGCGGCCAUUGCGAAGAACCAUGGUUGCUUUGUUGCCGGAACAACAAGACAUGCCGGUAAAGCGACUGCCGAGUUGAUGCAAAAGAGUGGAAUUGAUCGCAUCAUUAUCGACGAUGGACACGUUGCUCAGCAGGUUCAGGACAACAAAUUCGACAAAGUCCUGGAGUUGGUGGGGACCACCACUCUGAGAGAUUCCUUGCGGUGUGCUGUCAAGGGAGGAAUCGUGUGUAUGGCUGGCAUCGUUGGAAACAGUUGGACCAUGGAAAACGUCUCCCCAAUGGAGCUCAUACCUCAUACUGUCUGCUUGACUGUUUAUUCCGGGGGCCCAGAUGAAUUCAGAGAAACCCCCCUGAACGAUUUGCUCAAGCAGAUCGAGGCGGGCACCUUGCCUGUCCAGAUUGGAAGGGUGUUCAAGUUGGACCAGAUUGUUGAGGCGCACGAUACCAUGGAGAAGAACCUCGCGCGUGGCAAGAUUGUGGUCUUGACAGAAUGA